AUGUUAUUGGGCAUGGGCCCCGAUGGGCACGUGGCUUCUUCAUUUCCUGGACAUCCAAUUUGCCAGGAAAAUGAAAAGUGGGUUACGUUUAUUAAGAACUCGCCAAAACCACCUCCAGAAAGGAUUUCUUUCACCUUUCCAGUUAUCAAUUCCUCGUUAAAUAUAGCACUUGUUGUAGCAGGUGCUGGUAAAGCUGACAUAGUGCAAGACGCGCUUGUUGAUGGUUCAAAUUCUGAUAAGCUGCCCGUGCAAAUGGUUACGCCACAAGGGAAAUUGACAUGGUUUUCGGACAAGGGUGCGGCUUCAAAACUGCAUGCCUGA